UGGAGGUGUGUUAGUCUCCAGUGCGUAUUACAGGAAGCUACAGGUGUGAGUGGCCAUGAGGCACUAACAAUCGUCAGACGAGUCUCUCCGAUCUAAAGCAAACGUGGCAGAAUACCGUGUGUCGCGCGGGAACCAGCCAGUGGAUCUUUCCUCGUGAUGAAUACUUGAGUGUGAUGGAAACUAGCAGUGAACUGACAUAUAAAAACAUCAAGAAAGAUGACAUUCGGAAAUUUAAGUUCCUGACACAACAUUACCACCAAGAGUUUAUGAAGUGCUUGAACAAGUGACGUCGUGGUACUUCACCAGCAUACUCAUUAAAGUGAAGUGUUGUGUUGACUCUGACGACGAGAUUUAGUUACCCAGUACUUCCCGUGUAACAACGCUCAGUGUACAGUAUUCACUUCAGCGGCGGCUAUCACAAAAAUGUCUCAAUAUUUACUUGUUGGCAUCAUCCACAUGUCCCUUCACCAGGUGAUAGUGAGCACCGCCCAGAACCUAAGCUCACUGUGCCUGGAGGAGGGGAGGUUCCCUCACCCGCGGGAGUGUGGGGGCUAUGUGGAGUGUGUGGCAGGGGGCGUGGGGAGCGGCCUCUUCCCUCGGGUCUACAAGUGUCCUGGGGGGUCCUACCACCCCCGUCUGGCCAGGUGCGUCGUCAACAAACAGGUGCCGCGGUGUAGCGGUGACAAGACCGAAUAUUUUUCAAGAAGGCGAGAGCUGGCCCCAGUGGUUACUGUCGAGGCUCCUGUCCGCUCUCCCAGACAUGAUCACCUGUGUGAGGGAGGCGCGGGGUUCGCCUGCGCCUCUUGCAUUCACUCUAUGGUGUGUGCAGGGGACGAGGCCUUCCUGCAGUCCUGCCCACCAUCCACUCGCUGUAUAUACAACAACAAAUUCCCCAAGGGUGUGUGUUACCCCCACCCUUCCCGGCACCAGUGUGUGUGUCACGACAAGCAGCGCGUCCUUCAGGACCCCUAUGACUCAACUGCCUUCCUUCUCUGCCACACCAACAACCCCGACCCAGAAAUCAUCUAUUGCUCACACCAACACGAAUUCGACGCAGACACCGGGAAAUGCAUCGUCAUUCCUAUUUUCCCGUCGUGUACCGCCUCGGGGGUCUUUUCGUUGCCGGAAAAAUGUCGAUGGUUUUACACCUGCGUGCAGGACGGGUCCAACCAGUGGCAGCAGCACCACAGCCGUUGUCCCAGUCACCACCACGUGUACAGUCAGGUGUUGGGGAAGUGUACCAACCGUGACACCCUGCCGCUGGAGGACCCCUGCAGUAAGAAGCACAGGAAAAUAUCCCAGUACAGGUGUACCUUCUGGCAGGUGCUGUUAGUGUUCUUCUUCCCGCACAAGAUAGGCGCCAUCUGUUACUCUUGAGGUGAAGCCUUCGUCUUAGGUGUCCGUCUCAUCAUCAUCAUCGUCCUCACACCUCCAUCUUGGCUUCCUAACAUCUCUCCCGCACUAUAGUCAUCAUCUACACCAAUUUGGACAUUUAUAUGUGUAUACACACACAUCAUCGGGGUGCAGAGGCCGAACGGAUAGAUAACUCGCCUUCUGUCCAAAGGAACGCUGGUUUGAUCCCGGGCACUUCCAGUCCACCUUACUUUACAAGUUGGGGGAGUAAGGACGGUCGGGUGCUGUGUCGGCCACACUGCCUACUUGCGUGCCGAAGGGUUAGUAGUGUGACGUAUCCAUUCACAUUAUUUCCAUCGGACCGUCAUCAGGUAGAUGGUGCCUAGGUUUCCUUUCACAACUCUGGAUGUGUGAGUAUUACCAAUAACCUCAAGAAUAUUUUCCAUAGUCUACCGUAUACAUAUUCCUUUGCCUCGCUAAAUAUACACAAACGUCAUUAGUCUAGUACAAGGUAAACAAUGUGAUGAGUAGAUAUGUCAAAAUGUUUCCUGCUGAUCUUAAGUUGGCUGCAGUACUUAAGAACUAUGAACCCUCCUCCGUCUAGCCUCAUGUCUGCUAGUACCAAAGAUUUUAUCUAUUACCAUAACA